AUGCAAGUAAUCGCAGUCGACAAUGGCGUGUUCCCUCUUCAAAAGUUACCAAAUGAGCUCAUGAAAGAGGUCUUCUCCAACCUGCCACAGUCUGAUCGAGUGAAUCUGUGUCUCGUGAACCGUAAAAUCAAUAAGAUCGCCACAAAUCUUCUUUACAGACAAAUAUACUUAAAUGACUCAAAUGUGGUGAGAAGUGACUAUAUGAACCUAGCCAUUAACUGGUCACUGUUCUAUAUCCCAUUCUCUCCAUCAGAAGAAAACUCUCGCAGAAUAGCAAAUGCCAAAUUGAAGCUACUGAUACGUGCUCUGAGGUCCAAUAUUCAUGCUACUCGCAGUGUAGAAUGGAUUCGCAUAAAUUGGGAUCUCGAUCCCGUUUUACAAAGAACAGUCCUGUCAAUUUUGUGUAAUGAGGGCACUGCUCUCCAAAGAUUGGAAAAUGUCACAGAUCCGGAAUGUAAUGAGAUAAUUGCCACUGGAAAGUUCUCCAGUAAAAACUUAAUUAGUUUCGAUAUGGCUCCUCCUAACCCGCAUCCAGAACAAUUUGUUCCAGUCAACUACAUUCCAAACCUGCGGAAGUAUCUCAAGCAAAGGAUUUCCUCAAGUAUCACGUAUAUGAACUUGUUUAUUGAUCCUGUUCUCCUUUUCAACUACAUUCAUCCAUUAUCGCAAAAGUUACAAAUUGUGGAUCUCAAACUUCACUGGAGAAAUGAGUUUUAUCCAAAAAGUCAUUUCAAAAAAUCACUCACAAAACGUCCGUUAAGUCUGCUAUCGGACAUUUUUGAUACCCGAACUUUAAAAGUUUUGACGAUCAUAUCAUGGAAUGAAUAUCUUGUACCAAGAGAACUAGACAUGUUCAGACAAUUCAAAGAGUUUACCAACAUAGAAGAUCUGUCUCUCAUAUCCAUCAAGCAAGAGAUUUUCAUCUUGAUGGGUCUUUUCACUUGCUUGCCGCGCUUGAGAAGACUAAAAACAGAUUUCUUGGAGGAGUUGUUGUCUCAAUCUGCAAGACCGGAAAUUUUCUUGACGCUCCUUCAUUACUGCAGAGAUUUGGAAUUCAUAGACUUACGAUUUGAGGGACUAGAUCCACCAAUCAUUUCAACUAUUAAGGAUAGAUUCCAAAUCACUCAGAAAUGCCAUUGUGAAAAAUGCAUGCAUGUUUUUGAUAACAUUAUCUAUCAAAAGCUGUUUUUGUUCCCUGAAGAUGGCGUAGUUGCAAGUGACUUGGAAGAUAGAAUUAAAGAUAUUUUUACUAUGAUGAGAUCAUCAUCAUUCUUCCCAUAUUCGAAAGCUUGCGACUGCUAUCCAUCAGUUAGAACACUCCCUAUGAACUUGGACGAAUUCGUAUCCAAAAUGAAUAGAGGUCUUCUCUUUUAUCGUAAGAGUAAAUCUCAAUUAGUCUGUAAUCCGGUACAGGAUCCACUGGAUGACAUUGAGGAUGAUGUGGCGGUCCUGAAUAUGGUAUUACCACAUAAGGCAUUAACAAGACAGGAUGUUAUAGAUUGUUACCAUGCAAUGAUUCACCAUUAUCGACGGACUUAUGUGACUUUCUUAAGUCGAUUCCCAAAAUUACGAUUUCUGGUAUUAAAUGACAUUGCGACAACCGUAGUUGUAGAGAACGGAGAGCGUGUGUUACAGCCAGUGUUUUACAACGAAGGUUUCACAACAAACCUAGCGGGCUGGACAAAAAAGCCUACUUCUAGAAGAGGGUCUAAGGAUUUUGUUGUUGGUAGGACAACUAAUUGGAAAGGUUAG